AUCCCAUUUUCAUUAUUCGCCCUUUCCUCCAUUAAUUCACACCUCUCUUUCUCUUCUUCUCAUACACUUCUCACAUUAUUCCAUCAUGUUCAUUAAAUACUCACCAGUUUUUCUAAAUCUCUUUACCAACUAUUUCCUGUUUUUCCCCUCUUCUUCUUCUUAUAUUAUUACCUCGGGCUGAAAUGACUUCUCAUUCCAGUACUAAAGAAGAAGCCCGUGACAUGAAGAACGAUGAAGACAACGAGCAACAGAAAGAAGAGCAAGGAGCAAGAAAGAAGCAAAAAAAAGUUUCAUUGCUAAAGCUGUUUGCAUUUGCAGAUUUAUAUGAUUAUGUUUUGAUGGGUUUGGGAUCAGUUGCUGCCAUUGCUCAUGGCGCUUCAGUCCCUGUUUUCUUUAUUUUCUUCGGGAAGAUGAUUAAUAUUAUUGGAUUAGCUUAUCUCUUUCCCCAACAAGCUUCUCACAGAGUUGCCAAGUACUCUUUGGAUUUUGUGUAUCUGAGUGUGGCCAUACUAUUUUCAUCAUGGAUAGAGGUAGCAUGCUGGAUGCAUACCGGAGAACGGCAGGCCACAAAGAUGAGAAUGGCAUAUUUAAGAUCAAUGUUAAAUCAAGACAUAAGCUUGUUUGAUACUGAAGCUUCCACUGGAGAGGUUAUUGCUGCUAUUACCAGUGAUAUUCUUGUGGUACAAGAUGCCAUUUCCGAAAAGGUAGGGAACUUCAUGCACUACAUGAGCAGAUUUCUUGCUGGGUUUACAAUUGGUUUCAUUAGAGUGUGGCAAAUCAGUUUGGUGACACUGUCGAUAGUACCUUUAAUUGCUCUUGCUGGUGGUAUCUACGCAUUUGUUUCAAUUGGCCUUAUUGCUAGAGUUCGUAAAGCUUACGUCAGGGCUGGUGAAAUCGCGGAGGAGGUGAUUGGAAAUGUCAGAACAGUUCAAGCGUUUGCCGCAGAAGAAAAGGCAGUAAGAUCAUAUAAAGAAGCUCUAAAGAAUACAUAUCAGUAUGGAAGAAAAGCAGGUUUAGCCAAGGGUCUAGGACUAGGGACCUUGCAUUGUGUACUUUUCCUGUCAUGGGCACUGCUUGUUUGGUUCACUAGCAUUGUUGUUCAUAAGAGCAUUGCCAACGGCGGUGAGUCCUUCACCACCAUGCUCAAUGUUGUUAUAGCUGGCCUGUCACUAGGACAGGCAGCACCAGAUAUUUCUUCAUUUGUCCGCGCUAUGGCGGCAGCCUACCCGAUCUUUGAGAUGAUAGAAAGGGACACAGUAAUGAAAUCCAACUCCGGCACUGGCCGAAAGCUACAUAAAUUGCAGGGCCACAUCGAAUUCAAGGAUAUCUGUUUUAGCUAUCCAUCUCGUCCCGAUGUAAUGAUCUUUGAUAAAUUAUGUCUUGAUAUCCCUUCUGGAAAGAUUGUAGCUCUCGUUGGCGGCAGUGGGUCUGGAAAGAGUACAGUUGUAUCUUUGAUUGAACGCUUCUAUGAGCCUAUAUCAGGACAAAUACUACUAGAUGGGAAUGAUAUCAAGGACCUUGAUCUCAAGUGGCUUAGGCAGCAGAUUGGACUGGUUAAUCAGGAGCCUGCCCUUUUCGCGACAAGCAUAAGGGAGAAUAUCCUCUAUGGAAAAGAAGAUGCAACACUUGAUGAGAUAACAAAUGCUGCUAAACUCUCAGAAGCUAUGUCUUUUAUUAACAACCUCCCUGACAAGUUUGACACUCAGGUGGGCGAGAGAGGAAUACAACUAUCAGGUGGACAAAAGCAACGGAUUGCAAUAUCACGAGCUAUAGUGAAAAAUCCUUCAAUCCUUUUGCUAGAUGAAGCUACAAGUGCACUAGAUGCUGAGUCAGAGAAGAGUGUGCAAGAGGCACUUGAUCGUGCCAUGGUGGGAAGAACAACAGUAGUGGUUGCCCAUCGGCUUUCUACCAUUAGGAAUGCCGAUAUGAUUGCUGUUGUUCAUGAAGGGAAAAUUGUGGAAAUUGGGAGCCAUGAUGAGCUCAUCUCAAACCCGAAUAGUGCUUAUUCAUCACUUGUUCAUCUACAGGAGACGGCAUCAUUGCAACGCCAAUCCUCACUGGGUCUUACCAUGGGACAGCCGUUGAGCGUAAGGUAUUCUCGAGAAUUAUCCCGCAGAAGAUCAAGUUUUGGCGCAAGCUUUCGUUCUGAAAAAGAUUCAGUUAGUCGUGCUGGUGCUGAUGCAAUGGAGCCCAUGAAGACAAAACAGGUGUCAGCAAAAAGACUGUAUUCAAUGGUUGGCCCAGAUUGGAUUUAUGGGGUAGUGGGCACCAUUUCUGCAUUUAUGGCUGGAUCGCAGAUGCCUCUCUUCGCACUUGGAGUCUCUCAAGCUCUUGUUGCCUAUUACAUGGACUGGGACACUACUCGCCAUGAGAUAAAAAAGAUUUCAAUCCUGUUCAUUUGUGGUGCAGUAGUAUCUGUCAUUGUCUUUUCCAUUGAGCAUCUAUCCUUUGGAAUCAUGGGGGAGCGGCUCACUUUUCGUGUGAGAGAAAGGAUGUUUUCUGCGAUUUUGAGGAAUGAAAUUGGAUGGUUUGAUGACUUGAACAACACAAGUGCUAUGCUCGCAUCACGCCUGGAGUCUGAUGCAACCUUGUUACGAAACUUAGUUGUUGAUCGCACAACAAUUCUCUUACAGAAUGUAGGUCUUGUUGUCACCUCAUUUAUCAUUGCCUUCCUCUUAAACUGGAGAAUCACACUUGUUGUCAUUGCCACUUAUCCACUGAUCAUCAGUGGUCACUUCAGCGAGAAACUCUUCAUGAAAGGCUAUGGUGGAAACUUGAGCAAAGCAUAUCUAAAGGCCAACAUGCUUGCUGGUGAGGCUGUGAGCAAUAUGCGCACUGUUGCAGCUUUUUGUGCAGAAGAAAAGGUCCUCGACCUUUAUUCCCGUGAGCUUGUGGAACCUUCAAAGCGCUCCUUCACUCGCGGUCAAAUUGCUGGCAUAUUCUAUGGUGUAUCCCAGUUCUUUAUCUUCUCAUCUUAUGGCCUUGCCUUAUGGUAUGGUUCUGUUUUGAUGGAGAAGGAGCUUGCAGGCUUUAAAUCUGUGAUGAAGUCAUUUAUGGUUUUGAUUGUAACUGCGUUAGCCAUGGGUGAAACUCUGGCUAUGGCUCCUGAUCUUCUGAAAGGGAACCAGAUGGUGGCAUCUGUCUUCGAACUGCUAGACCGCAAGACGAAUAUAAUAGGGGAUACUGGGGAAGAACUAAAAAAUGUGGAGGGUAAUAUUGAGCUAAUUGGUGUAGAGUUUAGCUAUCCAUCAAGGCCUGAUGUAUCAAUUUUCAAGGACUUCGAUCUAAGAGUACGUUCAGGCAAGAGUGUGGCUUUAGUUGGGCAAAGUGGUUCUGGUAAAAGCUCUGUUCUUUCACUUAUACUGCGUUUCUAUGAUCCAACAGCAGGAAGAGUGAUGAUUGAUGGCAUAGAUAUAAAGAAACUCAAGCUGAAAUCUCUCAGAAAACACAUUGGACUAGUACAACAAGAGCCAGCUCUUUUCGCGACAUCGAUCUACGAAAACAUCUUAUAUGGCAAAGGAGGAGCUUCUGAAGGAGAAGUGAUUGAAGCAGCCAAACUUGCAAAUGCUCAUAGUUUCAUCAGUUCUCUUCCUGAGGGCUACUCAACCAAAGUUGGGGAGCGAGGGGUACAACUAUCUGGAGGUCAGAAGCAACGAGUGGCUAUUGCCCGAGCAGUUCUGAAGAACCCAGAAAUCUUGCUGUUAGAUGAAGCUACUAGUGCUCUAGACGUAGAGUCGGAACGUAUUGUGCAACAAGCACUAGACAGAUUGAUGAGGAACCGAACAACAGUCAUGGUGGCUCAUAGAUUAUCAACUAUACAAAAUGCAGACCAAAUAUCAGUGAUACAAGAUGGGAAAAUUAUAGAGCAAGGCACUCAUUCAAGUCUUCUAGAGAACAAACAAGGGCCAUAUUUUAAGUUAAUCAAUCUGCAGCAGCAACAAGGACAACAAUAGCAUUUGUAACAACAGGAAAGAAAUAGGUUACUAUAAUCACACACAAGAUAUACGAAUAUAUUUAUAUACUUAUAUUUAUAUUCGUUAAUAAUAAACAGAUAUUGCUCGCAUAUUAACAA